AUUUCCGAGCACCAAAGCUUAGUAGAAUCAAAGAUGUCGUAGUUAUAUUCAUGGCCGUACAAGCUCGACGAAUCACGGCCUGUCUCGGACGCUUGAACUCAAUCACGUACAAAUCCCAGUCCCUUUGCUCCUCAACUUCCCAGUUCCAGUUUCGAUUUUCGACCUUUAAUCUGCUUCCAAACCCAUCAAACAACGAAUUCCAAAACCCACCAACAAUCCAACCUCCCAUUGACGAAUCCCACGUCCUGAACCAUCUCUCUGACCUCUUACCAAUCCGUCGCAGCGCAACAGUUCCAGAGCAGUUUACUUACGAGCAACUGGAGGUUAGGGCCGUCGAUGGGUUCUUGACACCCGAAGAGAAACUCAGAGGCGUCUUUCUUCAGAAACUCAUCGGUAAAACUGCAAUCGAGCGGGCUUUAUCAAAUACCCAUGUUGAAUUGAGUGUUGAUAUCGUUGCCAAGGUAGUGAACAGGGGAAAUUUGGGAGGUGAAGCAAUGAUUAUGUUUUUCAAUUGGGCAACUAAGCAACCGACGAUCGCUGAAGGUAUCGAUUGUUAUCAUGUGAUUCUUAAGGCACUUGGGAGAAGGAAAUUCUUCGAUCACAUGGUGGGUGUGUUGCAUGAUAUGAAGAUGGAAGGAACGCGUCCUGUUUCAGAUACCUGGGAGAUUGUAAUGGACAGUUAUGUCCGGGCUCGUCGGGUGUCGAAAGCUAUCCAAAUGUUUGGACAAUUGGAAGAGUUCGGGUCGAGAUGUGAUACGGAGUCUCUCAACGUGCUCCUACGGUGUCUGUGCCGACGGUCCCAUGUGGGUGCUGCGAAUUCGUUCCUUAACAAAAUCGAAGGGAAGAUACCCUUUAAUAGUAUCACAUACAACAUUCUUAUUUCUGGGUGGUCGAAAUUUGGAAGAAUUGGUGAAAUGGAGACGAGUUUGAGAGCGAUGAUGGAGGAUGGAUUUGAUCCUGAUUGUCUAACGUUUAGUUAUCUUAUCGAGGGAUUGGGAAGAGCUGGUCGAAUUGAAGAUGCGGUUGAGAUCUUUGAUAGUAUGAAGGAGAGGGGGCGCGAGCCAGAUGCUCGUGUUUACAACGCGAUGAUUUCUAAUUUUAUUUCAGUAGGCGAUUUCGAUGAAGGCAUCAAGUAUUAUGAGUGUAUGCUGAGAAACAACUGUGAGCCAAGUAUGGAUACUUACACCAGAUUGAUUGCUGCUUUCCUUAAAGCUCGCAGAGUGGCCAAUGCGAUUGAAAUGUUUGAUGCGAUGUUGUGCCGAGGAUUGAUUCCCACUUCAGGGACCGUAACCUCUUUCAUUGAACCUCUCUGUAGCUAUGGUCCGCCGCAUGCAGCUUUAAUGAUCUACGAGAAAGCAAGAAAGGUCGGAUGUCGGGUAUCACUGACCGCGUACAAGUUGUUACUCAUGCGACUUUCUAGAUUUGGUAGAUGUGGCAUGCUGUUGAAUGUGUGGGAUGAGAUGCAAAAGAGUGGGUACCCUUCUGAUGUGGAAGUUUACGAGCACGUAAUUAACGGCCUUUGCAACGUAGGGCAACUGGAGAAUGCCAUCCUUGUUAUGGAGGAGUCUGUUCGAAAAGGUUUUUGUCCGAGCAGGCUUAUUUACAGCAAAUUGAGUAACAAACUAUUGUCUUCAAAUAAAGUUGACAUGGCUUACAAGCUUUUCUUGAAAAUCAGAGUUGCUCGUCGUAGUGAAAAUGCUCGAAGACUUUGGCGUGCUAAAGGGUGGCAUUUCUGAGUUUCCAAUCUUUAUCAGCCUGCAAGCACAAGUACCUGAUGGGCCCGUCUGCCUCGUCGUUCUGGAUACAGGUAACUUGCCUGCUAAAGGAGUAGUACUCGUAAGUGUAAUGCUUGACUUUUGUAGGAUGAUCUACAGCUUAUAAGCGCAGUGGCCUCGCUCAUGUUUCCAAUUCUUAGCUUCUGUGUUUAUCAGCUGGCAAGUGCUGCAGAAAUGUCAUCGUCCUGUCUUCCUUUCGGUUAUAUUUUACGCAAGAAACAGAUACUGCA